AUGUUUCGUACUACAGCCCUCAAGAAUAUAAUCAGAUCAGGCGUCAUCGCUAAGCGUAUGUACGCAGAGGCUGCUGCCAUCGGUACGCUGAAAUUGCAUUUCGCUUUGCCCCAUGAAACACUCUAUUACGGUUCAAAUGUAACUCAAGUUAAUGUUCCUGGUAAAUCUGGCAAAUUUGGUGUUCUAGCUAAUCAUGUUCCUACGAUCGAACAAUUGUCACCAGGUAUAGUGGAGAUUAUUGAAGAAAGUUCGAAAUCCAAGAAAUAUUAUAUUUCUGGUGGCUUUGCGUCAGUCCAACCAGAUUCCUUACUAUGUGUAACAGCAGUUGAAGCGUUUCCACUAGAGCAGUUCUCUCCAGAUAAAGUAAAAACAUUACUCUCUGAGGCAAGGAAUAAAGUGACCUCGUCCGAUGGAAAGGUAGCUGCCGAGAAUAAGAUAAAGGUAAGUAUUCUAGAAGAGUUAGAGUCACUACUAUAG